CCUACUAGACUCGGACUCCGAACCUCAGGCUCGGGUUCCCUCCUUAAAAACGGCUCAAGUCUUUUCUUGCUCUCAGCGUUCACUCAGUCGCCGUUAAGUUUUGUCCCCGGCAGCCAGGUAUUACUUCGGAGAUUGCUUGCCGGAGUCUGAUGGCAGAUCAUGCGGGCGAGUCCGAAUCCGCCAUGGAGUCGGUGAUGGAAACGAUAACCGCGAAGCUUCAUGGCUAUGACUCGCCCUCGUCGUCAGACUCCGAAGACGGCAAGAAGUCGCUGGUGGAGGCUGUGAAAUCGAAGAGUUACAGGCUUUUCGGAAGGGAAAAGCCUCUUCACAAGGUCCUAGGGGGUGGAAAACCUGCUGAUGUCUUCCUGUGGAGAAAUAAGAAGAUUUCAGCCAGUGUGCUCGGCUGCGCCACUGCAAUAUGGGUUCUCUUUGAAAUGCUUGAAUACCAAUUGCUUCCUCUACUAUGCCACAUUUUAAUGCUCAGUUUGGCAUCCCUUUUCCUGUGGUCCAAUGCAUCCAUCGUCAUCAAGAAGUCACCUCCAAACAUCCCAGAAGUUGGAGUUCCUGAGAAAGCUGUCAUGGAGAUUACCUCAGCCCUGCUAUAUGCAAUCAACCGAGGUCUAACUUCACUGCACAACAUUGCAUCCGGGAGACAUUUGAAGCAGUUUCUCGCUGUUACUGCUGGGUUGUGGGUUUUGUCAGCUGUGGGGAGAUGGUGUAACUUCAUCACCUUGUUCUACUUAUUGUUUGUUUUGCUACACACGGUGCCUGUCAUUUACGAGAAGUAUGAGGAUGAAGUGGAUUCGUCAGCUGAGAAAGUUAAGACCGAAAUCAAAAACCAGUACAGAGUCCUUUGCGAGAAGGUUCUCAGAGGACAACCUGAAGACGUGUUGAAGGUCAGGAAGCUGUCUUAGGUUCUGGUUUUGGUUUUGGUUUUCCAUGAGUAUCAUUGGAUUCUACUGUUUUAGGUCAUAAUCAUAGUUAUGCUUCACUUUAGAGCGUGUUUGGCAUUCAUGUAUUGACAUUGCUAUGAUACAAGGCAGUGUUCUUGGGGUUGCCCCUUC